AUGUACGCUCCGUUUUUCGAGGCUCCUCCAUCGCUUCUUUUCAAGCCCGACGGCUCUGUACUUUUCGAGUGUAUUUGCAGUGGCAAUCCAGAGCCAACUAUUCAGUGGUUCUUCAAAGAUAAGGAACUGAAAGAUGCCCGAUUCGUGCAGAAAAUCAAGAAGAGUGUCGGCAAGUGGACAGUCACAAUGAUUAUGAAGGUUGGUUCUACAAAGGCUUUGCUUGUAGUACUGCGGUGA